AUGAGCACUUUGGCUACAUUCAACCUUCAUGUAUCUGGAAGGUUCAAUGAAUUUGGUAUUGAUGGUGGGCCAGCGGCAAAGUCUUUAAGGCCAAAGUUCAAUGUUUUCUCAAAGCAUGUCAAAACCCACACUGGAUUAGAGCUGCCAUAUGUUGAAAUGAAACACUUGAUUUUGGGUGCCAUCAUAAUGAAGGGGUUUGGAAGCCUGUUGUUCAUCUUUGGAAGCUCGCUUGGAGCUGUCAUCCUGCUCCUGCACCAGUUAAUUGCAGCACCCAUCUUGUAUGACUUCUACAACUACGAUGCUGAACAGAAAGACUAUCUUCUUCUUGGUAACUCUUCACUAAGGCUGUUAUGCUUAUGCGCAAUGGAGUACAAUGUCCGGAACUUGGCAUGCUUAAGGCCUGGCUUGGCUGUGCUGUUUGUCCGCUGGCCUCUAAACAUCAUUGUAUGGUCCCGGCACAACAGGGUCUUUGUCUCUGGCAUGUCAGGCGAAAAUUAUGGUGUAAAUCAAAGAUGCGCCAAGCUAUGUUGCAUUGCCAUUGACACGAAGAGAAGUACAGAUUGA